AUGGUCGAUUGGGCCGGUCUCGUCCUGAAAUGCUCGUACUACUAUGGCCAUGUGAUAGGCCUGACCAAUUUCGAGUUCGACUGGGCAACGGGUCGGGUGUACACCAGCCAAAGGAGCACCGUGUAUGCGAUGUGCAUGGGCGUAAUAUAUCCAGUGCUACUGGUUUGCCGCUGGGUAGGCCGGGCCAGGAUUAAUUUGAUGUUCGAGAAGGCCAACAUGUUGCACGAGUACGUGAUGGUGCUCGUGGGAGGCCUGAGGAUCGUGGCCGGGCUGUCAACGCUGAUCGGUCGAUGGCAGAAGCGACGUCGCGUGAUGGGGCUAACCCGCUCCGUUUUUCGCCUAUUCCGGGAACGGCCUGAGGUGCUGCUGAUGUGCCGACGCGGAAUUCUGGUCAAGGUCUUCAUUGGAGUCGUCACCGACAGCCUCCACGUGUUGUUCAGCGUGGACACCAUGGGCAGUCACAUGGACACCGGCCUGCUGAUCGGCCAGUUUCUGAUGUACUCCCUGACGAGCAUUGUCAACUUGGCCGUGGCCCAGCACAGCCUCACCAUGCUCUUCCUGCGGGCCCGCUACCAGCUGCUCAACCGGGAGCUCCGCCAGGUGAUCGACGAGUCGUCUGGCCUCAGCCACAGGCCGCCGCGCCGGGGGGUCUUCAUCUGCCGGUGCUGCUGCCUGGCCGACAGGCUGGACGCCAUAGCCAGCCAGCAGGGGAAGCUCCAGGCGAUGGUCGUGCAAAUCGGCCAGGUAUUCGCCAUUCAGGGCCUGCUGGUCUACUCGGGCUACUACCUCUCCACGGUGGCCGUGGGCUAUCUCACGUACAGCAUCUUCAAGAAUGGCCCCGAGGCUCUGGGCAUUACCCCUAUGGGACUAGUUCUGAUUGCCGUUUGGUGCUGUUUCUACUACACGGAUGCCAUGCUCAAUCUUUUCGUGAUGCUGAACAUCCUGGAGGAGCACAAGGCGACGGCCAGGCUGUUGGAGGAGCGAACCCUGUUCGCCUCGGGUCUGGAUGUUCGCCUGGAACAAGCCUUCGAGAGCCUGCAGCUGCAGUUGAUACGGAACCCCCUGGAGCUGAAUAUCAUGCAGAUCUUUCCCGUCACCCGCGGCUCCACGACUGCCAUGUUCGGAUCCGUGCUGACCCACUGUAUAUUUCUAAUUCAAUACGAUAUGGAGCACUUUUAA